AGGUAAGCCCUCUUACCUGCCCCUUAAUUUCAAAUUAUUUUAUGUACCCAUCCAAAACCCUAAAUAUAAUAAUAUAUGUACUUUUCAAGUUGCAUUAGUUUAUGCUAAACCUUCUUAUAGUUGGCCACUAAAACAAUUCUUGGAAACUCCACUCACACCAUACAUAAAACUACAAAAAAUCAACGGAGAUUUCGAUCCAAAACAUUAACAGAAAAAAAAAAACCACUCUUUAAUUCAACUAAUCUAUAACACUAAAAACCCAGUUCCUGAUUCAUAAAGUCUUGAUCUUUUAUUCUUAUACAGUUAAAGAUCACAUAUUUUUAUCAAAAUUUAAAAUCCUUUUUUUAAGAAUGGCUGUUUCUAGUGAUUCAAUUCUUAAAUUCCACCACAAGAUCCUGGUAAAGAGUCCAACUUUUAAUUUAAAGAAUGGUGUUUUUGGAGUUGAUGUUCGAGCUCAUGUUGUUUCUUGUAAUGCAAGAAAAGAGAGAAUUCAGGGAGUGAAAGCAGUAGCAGAGGCAGGUAUUAAGAGGGCAUUUAAGAGCUUUGAAGCGAAUUUGGACUAUUUAGGUUUGGAUUCUGCUGCAGAGAAGGAGUUGAGAGAGAAAGGGUUUUCUGGGUUGAGAAAGACAAAAUUGGUGUGCACUAUAGGGCCUGCUUGUUGUUCAUUGGAGGAUUUGGAGAGGUUGGCAAGAGGGGGGAUGAAUGUAGCUAGACUUAAUAUGUGUCAUAAUACCAGAGAGUGGCAUAGUGAUAUUAUUAGGAAGAUCAAGAAGUUAAAUGAGGAAAAAGGGUUUUGUAUUUCAAUUAUGAUUGAUACUGAAGGUAGUCAGAUCCAUGUAGUUGAUCAUGGAGCUCCUUCCUCUCUUAAAGCUGAGGAAGGUUCAGUUUGGGUAUUUACAGCUCAAAAAUUUGAGGGUUCUCGCCCAUUCACUGUUCGAGCCAACUGUGAAGGAUUCUCUGAAGGCAUUAUGGUCGGUGAUGAACUGAUUAUUGAUGGAGGAAUGGCAACCUUUCAAGUUGUUGAAAGAAUGGGACAUGAUUUGCGUUGCAAGUGCACAGAUCCAGGUCUACUCCUACCUCGAGCCAAAUUGAGCUUUUGGAGGGAGGGGAAGCUAUCCUAUCAAGGUCUCCCGACUAUAUCAGAAAAGGACUGGGAAGACAUCAGGUUUGGAAUUUCUGAAGGUGUUGAUCUCAUUGCUGUGUCAUUUGUAAAUGAUGCCGAGUCUAUCAAGGAUCUGAAGAACUAUCUCUCAACGAAGGGAUCAGAAUCAAUAAGAGUAUUGGCAAAGAUUGAGAGUUUGGAGUCUCUUCAGAAAUUGGAAGAAAUUGUAGGGGCUUCUGAUGGUAUUAUGGUGGCUCGUGGUGACCUAGGAGUAGAAGUUCCACUUGAACAGAUUCCAACAGUUCAAGAGUAUAUAACCCGUAUUUGUAGGCAGCUGAACAAGCCAGUAAUUAUAGCUUCUCAACUUCUUGAAUCAAUGGUUGAAUAUCCAAUGCCGACACGUGCUGAGGUUGCGGAUGUAGCUGAAGCAGUUCGGCAAUAUUCUGAUGCAAUGAUGUUAUCUGGUGAGUCAGCUAUUGGAUCAUAUGGAGAGAAAGCUCUUUCUGUCUUGCGGAUGGUCAGCAGUCGGAUGGAACUACAAAGUCGCAAGGAAAACCGCCAAAGAGUUCUCCAUCAACAUCAGCUUGGAGUUCCAUUGCCUGAUCGCGUAUCUGAAGAGAUAUGCAAUUCUGCUGUUGAAAUGGCUAAUAACCUCGGUAUUGAUGCUAUCUUUGUCUACACAAAGCAUGGGGAGAUGGCGUCCCGCCUUUCUCGCAAUCGUCCAAACCCUCCCAUAUUUGCAUUUACAGAUGACAGUAGUGCUCAGAUGGCUUUGAAUUUGCAGUGGGGAAUUAUCCCGAUAUUAGUUGAUUUGUCUGAUGACAUGGAAGCCAAUAUUUCAAAAACUAUCAAUCUUAUAAAAACAAAAGGCAUGAUAAAAGAAGGGAUUUCUAUAUUGAUAGUCUCAGAUCUCACUCCAUCAAAUGCAAUCCGAACCACCAUCCAGUCAAUCCAGGUGAAGACCAUCGAAUAGGGAACUUCCCAUCUUCUCAAUGCGUUCAUCUCUCAGUGAUACAAGGGAAAGUAAAGAAACAAUAGAAACUGUGAGUUCACAGCAGAAGAUUGCAGAUGAUAUAUGCAUACAAUGAAACUGAAUUCUUUGUCAUUUAUUAUCUCUGUAAAUUGACUGCAAGAGUUACGUUGCUUAGGUGCAGAAUGUUGAACAGACUUGCAGAUUUUUUGGUUAGGAUUCACUUAUGUUUUUCUUCUUCUUUCUUUUCCUGAAUGUUUACAUUUUGUUGUUUUCAGUGAAUGAAAAAGAAGACCCUGCUUUUAUACUAAA